AUGAAUUGUUAUAAUAAAAUUAUUAUACAAUUUUGUAUAUUUUUAUUAUUUAAAAGUCAAUUGUGUUUGAGUCAACAUAUACCUUACUUUCCUCAACUUAAUAAUAGCCGUGAUUUAAAAGGAAAGUUUCCUCUUCAAUAUCAGAUAAAAGAAAUAUUUCCAUCUGAUAUCAUUUUAUUAAAAUGCCCUGGACCAACUUAUAAUCAUAAUAACAAAGAAGAUACUUUUAAAGUUUAUGGUACUUAUGAUAAAGAUAUUGUUAAAGGAUUACUGGAUGAAAGUGUAAUAAGAUGGAUAAAAGUUUUCAAUUCUGAAAAGAAAUUAGAAAAAAAAAUUACAUGUGGUGAAUUGAUUCUAAAAGAAAAUCCACUCGAAUUAAUAAAAUGGGAAAUCAAUUUAAAAUGGAAUUCACUACCAAAUCCUUUAAAGACUAUGAAGAACUAUUUUGUAAACUCACCACUUGGUGCUUCUACAAGAGAUUGCCCUUCCGAUGGAAGAUUACAAUUUGUUAAAAAGAAAAAUGGAACAGUAAUUCAAUACGAAAAUGAAGAAACAGCUAUUUAUCAUAAAGGAGAUCUUAUAUAUUUAUUUGAAAAACCUAAAAAAUUAAUGAUAAAAGUUGCCCCAUGUCAAAUUUUUAAUGCAAUUCAAAUAAUUCCAACAAUUAAUAUAAAAACACCAUCAAAUAUGAUAAAAAAUUUGAAUCACAUAAAUAUUCUUAAAAUUGGAAAAGAUAUUAGACGAGAAACAUUUGAGGUUGAGUUAAUUAUCAAAAAAGAACAUUCCAAACAUCAACAAUUUUAUGAAUAUGAAAAUGUAAAAAUAACUAAUUUAAAGUUUUAUUCUGAUGGAUCAAUAGAAAAACAUAGUACACCAAUGAUAUCAAAUAAAACAAUUACUAUAAAAGGAUAUCAGUUGCUUCGUUUUGAAUAUAUUUGUGAUGAAUGUUAUGUUUAUGUUGAUCAAAAUUACCAUAUAACUAAAGAUAUUUUUUUUGGUUCAACAGAAAAAGAUUAUGUUGAAACUUUUUCAGACAUUUUUAACAAUAAAAACAAAACUUUCAUAACACCAAAUUGUUCUUUAGAUCAGUAUACAUUUGGAUUUCUUUAUAAAAUGGUUUUUGCAAAUCUUGAAAUUACUGUAAAUGAUUUUUUAAUGAAAAAUAUGUACAAAAAUAAUACAUUUAUACUUUCUAAUAGUACUAUUUUUUUUAAAAAUGAAACAUACAAUGGUAUACUUCAGUGCAUAUAUAGCACUCCAGACAAUGGGACAUUUACAACAAAAACAGUUUUUAAAACAAUUGAAGAUUCAUCUUUUAAUGUUACAUACCAGAAAAAAAAUACAAUUCAAAAAAGAUUAUCAAAUUCAUUUUUGGCUUUAAUUAUUGGGAUUUCUGCAUUGUCAAUAUGUAUAUUUCUUUGUAUUAUAAUUAUUUUGAGUAGAAAACAUAUUAAUGAAUAUAUAAAACUUAUGAUACUUAAAAAAAAAUAUCCAAAUAUUCAAAAAUUUUGGUUAAAUACGCAAAAAAUUAAAAUGUCAGAAUACUCAAACAUAGUAAAGGAAAUAAAUAAUGAAGUAGUUAAUGAUGAAUUAAGAGGAGUUAAAUCAAUUAUUAUUGGAGAAGAAUUUGUCAAUACAUUUAAUGAAAGUGAUUACAAUGAUACAUUAGUUAAUUCACAAAAAAAACUUGUUAAUAAAAUUUCUGCUCAUUAUAUAACUUCUGUUUCUCCAUCACGAACAUACAUUUUAUCAGAGGCUCCAUCAAGUAAUAAUGUUUCUCAAUUUUGGGAAAUGAUAUUUGAAGAGAAGGUUCAAGUUAUUGUUGCUUUUGUAUAUAAUGUUGUAAUGAAUGCAUCAGAACCAUUUGAAAUUUAUUGGCCAACAAAAAAAAGUACUACAUAUGGAAAAUUAACUGUUAUUAAUGAAGGAGAAACUGAUUCUUUUAUAAAAAAUGUAACUACAAUAAAUUUUAAAAUUAUAAAAGAAGGAAGAAAUGAUAUAAUUUUAAGAUUAUUUUAUGUUAAUGAUUGGAAAGAAAAUACUAUUCCAGAUAAUAUAAACAAUUUGGCAGGAUUAUAUGAAGAAGUAGAUAAAAUUGCUGGUAAUAAUCCUGUUCUUAUUCAUUCAUCAUCUAUUAAUGGUCCUAGAACAUUUUUAUUUGUAUUUUUUGCUGGAAUAGUUGAAUCACUUAUUAAUGAUAAAAUAUUUUAUGAACCUAUGAAAGUUAUAAAAAAAAUAAAAAAACAAAAACAUUGUAGUUAUAUUUCAUCAAUUGAAUAUGCAUAUUUAAUAUUUUCUGUAGUAGAAUAUUUGGCAAAUAAUAAAUAUAUUUUAAUGAAUGGUUUAUAUUUCAAGUAUUUUGAAAUGUUUGUAAAUUAUGCUUACAAUACUAUGGGAAAAAUGAAAAUUAAUGAUAAAUAUUUAAAUUUAUUUAAAUUUUUUAUUUCACUUGAUACAAAUUAUAUUAAUCGUUUAGUUGAUUUAUCUGAUAAAGAAGGAAUACUUACAUCUGAAGAAAUAAAAAUUAAAUGUCAACGUUCAACUUUAUUAAAUGAAUAUGAAAAACAAUUACCACCACCUUCACGAAGAAUGCAUGGACGACGUAAUCAUUUUCCAGGACAAAAUUGUUUAGAUAAUAAUGCAAUUAAUUUUAAUAUAUCAACUAACAUAAGAAAUCCAUUUGAUAAAAUGUCAAUGGCAAAUGAAAUGACAUUUAUAAAUUCAGAAAAUAUGGAAAAAAAAUUUAUAAUGAUGCCUUCACCAUUGGAAGAAAUGUAUGAUGGAUUUAUUGAAUUAGUUUAUCAAAAUAAUGUCUCUGUUAUACUUGUUUUAGAUAAUUAUAGUGAAAUAUAUCCAAAAAAUUGGGAAACAUAUUGGCCAUUUGAUAAAUAUGAUUAUAAAUAUGGUGAUUAUAUUAUUAAAAAUAUCGAAAAAGUAACAAAACUUGGUAAUGGUUUUGAAGUAUCUUACUAUGAUAUAAUACAUAGUACUGAUAAAAAUAAACCUAAAGUAUGCUUUAAAUUGGUACAUUAUGUUGAUUGGGAAAGUGACAAAUAUAUGCCAAUGAAUAAUAUUGCUUUUACUGGAAUGAGAAGAUAUGCAGUUAUGGAAUCUUCAAAAGAAAGACCAAUGAUUAUUCAUUGCAAAAAUGGAGUUGAUAGAACUGAUACAGUAGCUUAUGUUUUGUAUAUGAUGGAGAAAUUAUCAAAUCAAGAUGAAUUUGAUCCAAUCCGUGACCUAAAAUUUUUACGUCAACAUAGAUUGAAUGCGGUUCAAAAUAAACAACAAUUUCUUACUUCAUUAUCAGCAUUAUUACAUUUUAAUAUACCAGCAUUAAAAAUUUAUGAUAAGAAUAUUUUUAAUGAAUUAAAAAAAAUUUUAAUGGAAGGUGUUAAACUUGAGAAUAUAAAAAAUAAAAAGAAAAGAUAA